GGCAGCGCCUAGAGGAGCGCCCCGGUGGCCCGGGAGGAUGUCGGGGAGCGGCGGAGCGCUGCUGCUGCUGGCGGCGGCGCUGCUCGCUGCCCCAGGGGCCGCGCAGCCGACGGGGGAAGCCGCCUGCCGCCCGGUCCGCACCGCCUUCCAGAUGCUGCAGCCCGGAGCCAAGUGGGUGCCCGAGAGCCCCGUGCCAGGGACUGAUCUGCAGGUAUGCAUCCCAAAGGGCUCCACAUGCUGCUCAAGGAAGAUGGAGGAGAAGUACCAGGCAACAGCCCGUCUGAACAUGGAGCAGCUCCUGCAGUCUGCCAGCAUGGAGCUGAAGUUCCUCGUCAUCCAGAACGCUGCUGUCUUCCAAGAAGCCUUUGAAAUUGUAGUACGGCAUGCAAGAAACUUCACCAACAGCAUGUUUAGGACCCACUACAAGAGCAUGGGACCCAGGGCUCUUAAACUGGUUGGAGAACUUUUUACUGAUGUUUCUCUGUAUAUAUUGGGCUCUGACAUCAGUGUUAAUGACAUGAUAAAUGAAUUUUUUGACAGUCUGUUUCCUUUGGUUUACUCCCACUUGAUUAAUCCCGGCUCCCCCGAUCCUUCCCCGGAAAUGACCGAAUGCCUGCGGGCAGCCAGGAGGGACCUCAAAGUCUUUGGUAACUACCCGAAGGUGAUGAUGACGCAGGUGUCCAAGUCACUGCAGGCCACGCGGGUCUUCCUGCAGGCGCUGAACCUGGGGAUUGAGGUGAUAAACACCACUGACCACCUGAAAUUCAGCAAGGACUGCGGGCGGGCGCUGCUGAAGAUGUGGUACUGCUCGCACUGCCAGGGGCUGCUCCUGGCCAAGCCCUGUGCCGGCUACUGCGGCGUGGUGAUGCAGGGGUGCCUGGCAGGCGUCGUGGAGAUCCAUAACCACUGGAGGGAGUACAUCGGGGCUCUGGAGGGGCUGACCAAAGGCAUGCACGGCAUCUAUGACAUGGAGCACGUCCUCCUGAACCUGUUCUCCUUGGUGCGGGAUGCGAUCGUCCACGCCCAGAAGAGCGAAGGAAAGCUCUCGACAGCCAUCAGCCGGUUAUGUGGCCACGCUCAGCAGAGGCAGGUUCGAUCAGCUAAUUACCCUGAAGACCUUUUCGUUGACAAGAAGGUUCUGAAGGUGACUCACAUUGAGCAAGAAGAAACUUUGUCGAGCAGGAGGAGGGAACUCAUUGCAAAGCUGAAGUCCCACAGCAGUUUUUACAGCAGCUUGCCAGAAUACAUCUGCAACCACAGCUCUGCUGUUCAGAAUGACACCCUUUGCUGGAAUGGACAAGAAGUCGUGGAGAGGUACAGUCCCCAAAUCACAAGGAACGGAGCAAAAGCUCAGUCUGGCAACCAUGAGGUGAAGAUGAAAGGUCUGGAGCCAGUGAUCAGCCAGAUUAUUGACAAACUGAAACACAUCAACCAGCUGCUCAGAGGGAUGGCUUUGCCCCGCCAAAAAGCUCCAGGCAGAACCCCGGAGGAGGAGGAGGAGAGCGGAGACUGCGACGACGAAGAUGACUGUGGCCGAGGCUCUGGGGAUGGAGAGCUGCGAGUGAGGAACCAGCUCCGGUUCUUAGCAGAGCUGGCGUAUGACCUGGAUAUGGAUGACAUCUCUGCAAAUAAGCAGCUUCUGAAUCAGCAAAGCAAAGAUGGUGCCACAGUCCCCAGCAGUGACCCUGGGAGUGCAGCCGCCCGCCCCAGUCCUGCUGCUGUCCUUGCCCUGGUCCUGCUGCUGUUGCUGGGCUACUGGCUGUGAGUGGUGCUGGAGGCACCACUCCACGUCUCUCCAUGCCUUUUUUUAAUGAGGAAGACAUUUGGAACUUCUUCUGAAAUAUAUGCACAUUUCUGAAGACAGGACAAAUGGCCGGAGUUGCUUUUAUAAGAGAAUAUGGUAUCUUCACAAAAAACCCCAACAAACUUAAAAGAAUGUUGGUUCAUGGCAAACUAUGAAAUAGGUAACAGAGCUUUUUAAAGAUAAUCCUAUUUACUGUGAGCUGGUUUGUAUUAAACUGUGUUCCUCGCAGUUUUUGAAGACUAAAUUCUCUCUUGCUGUUAAGGUGAAGACCAUAUUUCAUCUUGAGUUGUUCGAACAUGCAUGGGGUACAGAACACCUACGGUUUAUGAAAUACUCUCAGCAAAUAUCAGACCCCUGAUCCUACGUGACUUAAUACAGAUUUUUUUCUGUAGUUCAAGCGGUUUUUGUACUUAGUCCAAAUUCGAGUCUCACCCCUAGGAAUCUGGCCAGGACAUAAUACUGAGGGCAUGUGAAGACAAGGGAGAGAGAAGAUCAGACACACAGCAGGAGGAAAGAUGCUGUGGAUGAGAAGUUGCCAUGCACUGGGAUUAUCGUGGAGACAUGCUUCCCUGGGCACAAAACAUCUUGCAUCAUGGCAAGUUGCAGGUGACUUUGCUGCUCACAUCCCAGGUGGGUCCUGAAGCCCAUCAGUUCAGGUAGCUAGUCCCUACCAGCAUCCUUGUGGCCCAUGCAAUGCCCUGGUUUUAUUCUUUAGAAGUGAAGCACCUCCUUUCCCACGGGAAAUCUGCUAAGACAGCUCCAGCCAAAGGACAGACAGCGUGGAUGUACACACUGUGCUUUACAGGGAUGAAUAACGGGCGUCCAACGUGUUGUGCUAUGAAGGAGGGAAAAAAAAGGAUUUGUAAGAGCCUGAGGCAGAUGAGACUCUUACUCAUGUGUUUCUUUGCAUGUUACUUUACAUAAGCUAUCUCUAAAAUAAAGAUUGGUUGCUCUAUAA